AUGGCCGAUUUUUCAUCGACACUGUCCGCCCUGACGGAUAAUUCCGUUGGUGCUCUUAUCAAAGAUGUAUACGGAUCGUUUUCUGAGCGAAGAGCGGCCCUGGGGCUUUCCAACCCCGGCACCGUCGACAACAUCGCCAGAGAGGUACAAAAAGAGGUUCUGCUAUCGAAUUUCAUGUUCACAGGUCUUCGAGCAGACCUGACCAAGGUCUUUGGCAUGUCGCCUCUUUUCCGCAUGUCUCACGCGUUUGCAAUGGGGUCAGCUGGCAACAUGCCUCCCUACAACUUCAGCGCCAUGUACGGAACACCAAAGGUUUUCAUGCAAGGAAACAUUGGCAGCGAUGGUGGCCUUAGCGCUGUCGGCAACUACCGGUGGAACGAAGCAUUGGUAACCAAGACGAACGCCCAGAUCAUGGCCGGUGGCGCACAGGGAAUCCUGCAGAUUGACAAUGACUACACUGGCUCGGACUUUUCUGCUUCUAUCAAAGCAUUCAACCCGUACCCCUUUGAUGGCGGCCUCACCGGUAUCUUCGUUGGAAGCUACCUGCAGUCCGUGACACCGUCUUUGGCCCUCGGAUUCGAGGCAAUCUGGCAGCGACAGGCCCUCAACACACGUCCCGAGUCUACCCUUUCUUACUGCGCCAAAUACCGAGGUGAAGACUGGAUUGCCAGCGCGCAACUGCAGGCUCAGGGAGUCAUUGCGGCGUCGUACUGGAGGAAGCUUUCCGAGCGAGUGGAAGCCGGAGUUGACAUGAACCUUCAAUUUGCUCCCUCCGCCGCUGCCAUGAUGAUGGGUGGACCGAGCCGAGAGGGAACGGCCACCCUUGGUGCCAAAUAUGAUUUCCGUGCUUCUACAUUCCGUGCUCAAGUCGACAGCGCCGGAAAGGUCAGCUGCCUUUUGGAAAAGCGGAUAGCCGUGCCAAUUUCUCUCAGCUUUGCCGGAGAGAUUGACCAGGUCAAGCAACAAGCUAAAGUCGGCCUUGCCGUGUCUCUCGAAAUCGCGAGCGAUGACCUUAUGGAGCAGCAAGAAAAGGCCGAGGCGCAGGGCACCAUCCCUCCUCCUUUUUAA